AAAGGGACUGGUUUUACGACCCUCGGUCUUUUGUCCUCCAGUUACUCGGGAGGAAUCAACGCGAAAGCAUCAACUCUUGUAAUUAAUAAGUUAAAAUUAUUUUAUUAAUAUGUCGGCAAGUGAAACAACAUUUUUAACUCAUUCAAAUGAAUCAGCUUAUCAUAAAUGCAGAAGAGUGAUAAGAAAUCAAGCUAUUAGAUUUCGACAAUUUCAAUUUUGUUUGUGUGCUAUUAUACUAUUGGUGUUAAUAAUGAUUUUGGUAGCAGUAGUGAGUUAUUCACUAAACGAAAUCCAUUUCAACGAAGAAAUAUCCCAAAAAAACGGAACAUUUACCUUAAAACUAUCAAUGUCACCAAAUUUCAUCCCUUCAUACCACGAUCUGAGUGACCAAGAACUAUCAGAAAUGAUCGAAGCGGGACAACGUGCAAUAAACCAUCGCCAUUACUUAGAUUCCCGAGCAACAUUUCACCCCGUGGACGAAGUAUCUCCCAAUACUCGUCACCAGAACGCCGUGAAAACAAGUUUGUUCGCCGGAAAACUGGCGUUGGCUGGUGUCGGAGAAUUAGGAGCUACCAGAUACUUCCAGUCUAUAAGAAAAGACACGGACAUAAUAUCUCGAGAUAUUUAUUUCGACGGUAACUGGGCUCCAAGUGGCAGCAGCUGCAGCGAGUAUUAUAUUUCUCGAUGUCACGACUCCAGUAAGUACAGAACUUACGACGGAACUUGCAACCACCCGGAGAAUCGUGGCGCAGCAUUUACACCAUUCUCAAGAAGCCUUCCACCAGAUUACGCAGACGGAAUUGAAGCCCCACGAGUAGCUAAGUCAGGAAAAGCAUUGCCCUCUGCAAGAAAAAUAAGUCUGCUAGCCCACAGACCAGUUUCCAGUUCAAAUCCUUCGUUUACUGUAAUGCUGGCAGUUUUCGGGCAAUUUUUAGACCACGACAUCACUGCGACCGCUCUGAGCCAGGGUACAAACGGCAGUUCUCUCUCCUGUUGUCCUCCAGACAAUCUAGAACACCCAGAAUGUUUUCCCGUGUUCGUAGGCCCGGGAGAUCCCGUCUACGACGUAGCUGGCUCCAAGUGCAUGGAGUUCGUAAGAUCUGCUCCAGCUAUGCAAUGCAAACUGGGUCCUCGCCAGCAGCUAACCCAAGUCUCAGCCUUCAUAGACGGCUCGACAAUUUACGGCUCGGAUAAAUUUCUCGCGGAUUCUCUGAGAGACUUCAAAGACGGCCAGUUAAAAAUGUACAAACUAGCUAACGGAAGGACUCUAUUGCCUCAAAGCACGGACUUCAACGACGGCUGCAACAGAGAAGUUGAGAACAAGCGUGGGAGGUAUUGUUUCUUGUCUGGAGACGCGAGGGCUAAUGAAAAUUUACAUCUGACAACCAUGCACUUGCUCUGGGCAAGGCAGCAUAAUUUCAUAGCCUCUGAGUUGCAGAAAAUUAAUCCUCAUUGGGACGACGAGAGACUUUACCAAGAAAGCCGGAGAAUUGUUGGCGCUCAGAUGCAGCACAUCACUUACAGAGAAUUCGUUCCUGUGAUAAUCGGCAAAAGCGAAGCUCACAAACGCAAGCUUGUUCCUUUGGAUUCGAAUACUUACCGCGAAUCUUCGGGAGGUGAUCCAGCGAUUGCUAAUAAUUUUGCUUCAGCAGCGUUUCGCUUCGCACAUACUCUUCUUCCAGGGUUGAUGAAAAUGACAGAUGCUGAGAAAGGAACUGCUGAUUAUAUUCAGCUCCAUAAAAUCCUCUUCAACCCUUACAGCUUGUAUGGAUCUAGUGGGGUUAAGAGUGCGAUUAUUUCUGCGACGACGAAUUUCAUACAAAAAACAUCGACGCACGUUUCAUCGCAGUUGACGAGGCACCUCUUCGAAGACCCGCUGUCAAACACCAACUAUAGUUAUAACUCUACCCAUCAUCUACCGUUUGUGCCUUGUGGGCUAGAUCUGGUUUCUCUUAACAUCCAGCGAGGGAGAGACCAUGGUCUGCCGGGCUACACGGCUUGGAGGGAGUACUGCGGGCUUGUAAGACCUAGGAAUUUUCUUCAACUCAGAGGAAUCGUCGACUCCGACAGCUUUCAACAGUUACCGUUGCUCUACGAAGACGUUGAUGACGUUGAUUUAUACACUGGCGCGCUCGCUGAGAUCAGAAUGUCCGAUGGGUUAAUUGGCCCUACUUUCACGUGUCUCAUUAGCCAGCAGUUCCAGAGGCUCCAGUCCGGUGAUCGUUAUUGGUACGAGUCUUCGCAGUCGCCUUACCCGUUUACUCCAGAUCAACUUGUCCAAUUACGAAGAUCUUCUCUGGCGAAAUUAAUCUGCGAUUGCUCGGAUGACAUUGAUGAAAUUCAACCGCUAGUUAUGCAAUCGGCGGGAGAUGGGAAUCCCAUAACUCUAUGUGACGAUAUAGAGGGCGUGGAUUUUUCUGCUUGGAAAGAAGCUAAUUGA